AUGGACUGUCGUCCGUCUGACAUUGAGGUUGUGGAUGCAGGAAUGUCCUCUUGGAAGAUGGGUGUUUACAUUAGGCUGCCAGCCUGCUUGAUCAUACCAGAGGAGCCUUUACUUGCCUGCUGGGAUCCAGAAACCAUGUUCUGGCGAACAGAUGGUAUAGUUAUCGACAAAUUUAACAAAGAAAAAAAUGAAAUCACUUUCAGAGCUGCUGUUUUUGGUACGCUGGCCGUCUUCCAAGAGUACCAUAUGAACAUGCCUUUCCUGGAUUGGGAACUGCGUCCAUUGCCUAUGAAAGUGGUGAGGCACGAGGAGCCAGAGGACGAGGAUGCGGCGAAGAAGGCAGAAGUUGAUGCUGACCAGAAGGAUGUACAGGGGGCGGAAGCUGGUAAAGGUGCUGCCGGAGGGCCUGCUGCGGCCAAACCAGAGCAGGCGCCAAAUCCGACAGCUGGCGGUCCUCCUGUACCGCCUGUUCCGCCAGUUGACCCCGCGGCAGGAGCAAAACCCGCAGAUGGCACGGACAAGAACGCCGUAGCUGAGGAUGACGGAGGAUUUUCCAACGAGAACAUGACACUUGGGCCGCUG